GCCGCACAUAGGGAAUCAAUGGGAGACUGUAAACUAUUUGAAGCUAGCUACAGGGGGGACCUGGAGGCUGUUAAGUGCAUCCUGGCAGCCGGUUUGGCUGAUGUCAACUGUAGAGACAGGGACGGGAGGACACCAAUGAUGUGGGCAGCACGACAUGGACAUAGAGGAGUUGUAGAGUUCCUUGUGAGUGAAGGAGCUGAUGUGACACUGGUCGACGGUGUCAGUAACAACAUCCUUCACUUAGCCUGUGUGGUUGGAGACGUGAAGGCGGUGAAGUUCAUUCUCUCAAGGAACAUGUUGAUCAUCAACAGCAGAGGAGAGCAGAACAGGACACCAGUGAUGGUGGCAGCACUGUGUGGACAUGGAGAAGUGGUAAAGUCCCUUGUGAGUGAAGGAGCUAAUGUGUCUCUGGUGGACAGUAUCGGUAACAACAUCCUUCACUUGGCCUGUGCGGGAGGACACGCGAGGACGGUGAAGUUUAUCCUCUCGACAGACAUGACGGACAUCGACAGUAAGGGAGAGCAGAGCCUGACAUCGGUGAUGGUGGCUGCACUGUUCGGACACAGAGACGUUGUGGAGCUCCUUGUCAAUGAGGGAGCUGAUGUGUCUCUGGUGGAUGAUGGCGGUGACAACAUCCUUCACUUGGCCUGUGUGGGGGGAGACUUGAACACAGUGAAGUUCAUCCUCUCACGGAACAUGGUGGACAUCAACAGUAGAGGAUCUCUAGUGACUCCAGUGAUGCUGGCAGCACAAAAGGGUCACACAGAGAUAGUGAAGUUUCUUGUGAGUGAAGUAACUGAUCUAUCACUAGUGGAUGAUGAUGGUGACAGCAUCCUUCACUGGGCAUGUGUGGGAGGAGACGUUAAUAUGGUGAAGUUCAUCCUCUCACGGAACAUGGUGGACAUCAACAGUAGAGGAUCUCCAGUGACUCCAGUGAUGCUGGCAGCACAAAAGGGACACACAGAGAUAGUGAAGUUUCUUGUGAGUGAAGUAACUGAUCUAUCACUAGUGGAUGAUGAUGGUGACAGCAUCCUUCACUGGGCAUGUGCGGGAGGAGACGUUAAUAUGGUGAAGUUCAUCCUCUCACGGAACAUGGUGGACAUCAACAGUAGAGGAUGGUGGGGGACACCAGUGAUGCUGGCAGCACAGAAUGGACAUGGACAGAUGGUGAAGUUCCUUGUGAGGAAUGGAGCUGAGAUGUCACAUGUUACCAAACGUGGUAACACCAUCCUUAACUUUGCUUGUGUGGGAGGAGAUGAGGAGACAAUGGAAUUUGUCUACUCACAGGGCAAGGCAGACACUGAUGCCAGGAACAAGAAGGAGCAGACAGCUGAAUAA